AAAAAAUUGACUUUUGUUUCUUGAUUAGAAUAAAAAGUUGUUUACGUUUUCUUUAAAUUUUCCCAAACAAAAAACAUCGCAAUGUUCACUGACAAAGCAUUUGAAUUGAUUAAAGAAUUGGAGAGAGCAUCACAAACUAUUCCCCCGUUCGAUGACGACGGAGUACGGCAAGUUCUGGAAGAAAUUAAAGCAAUUUUUGAAGAAAACUGUACACAAGCCAACAAUUACUCAACGACUGGUGAUCGUACUCUUUGGCCUUUGUUAAAUUAUCGUCAUGCAGCCCUUCAACGCAACAAACGAUGUUUGCUUGCAUAUCUCUAUCAAAGAUUGCAAAAGAUUAAAGCCCUGCGGUGGGAGUUUGGCCCUCUCAUACCUUCUGACAUCAAAGAAUCCCUUUGUGAACCAGAAGUAAAUUUCUUUAAUUCCUAUUCAAAAUCACUGGCUACUUAUAUGCGAUCAAUUGGGGAUGGUCAAGGAUUAGACUUAACUGGAGACUUAAGGCCUCCUAAAUCACUUUACAUUGAAGUGCGAUGCAUAGAAGAUUAUGGAAAAUUCGAGUUAGAAGAUGGAGAAGUUAUUUUAUUGCGCAAAAACAGUCAACAUUAUCUACCUAGAUCUCAGGUUGAGUCGCUCAUACGACAGGGAGUUUUGCAGCAUAUUUCCUGAAAAUUGUAUUAGAUAAGUUUAUUGUUUUAAUUAGUAAUCGUAGAAUUUGAAUAAAUUUUGUAAAAGCA